AUCGAUUAUAGUGCCUGCAUGUGAGCAGAAGCAAUGGAGGUGAGACAAUGUACUUACUAACUGCCCCUGAUUAGCAGGACUCUGUAUGUUUGCAUUGUAUAACGUAACAAAACUCACUACAGCUAUAAAUACCACAACCGUGCACGUCUAAGUGAGUUCCUAUUCAAGCUGAGGAUUUGUGUUUUUUUUUUUCUUUCGUUUUGACUCGUGUAACUUAAAGUAUUGAAUUCCACGGCCGGUGCUAUAUAAUUCCUGUUUAAAUGAAUGAGUCGCCAAGAAUUACUUGCUCAGUUUUUAAUAAUAAAAAGCAUGAAUAGGUCAUCCAGCCGUUUAACAGUCCUUUCUAUUACCCUGUAUAACAGCUACGUCUUCCCCAAAGUCCCUGUUAGUGUUUCUAGGAUAGUAGUCGGCAAACUUUGACACUCCAGAUGUUAUAGAUUGCAUCAUCCCUAUGACUGUACUAACAUUGUUGUAGAUGUAGUCCGCAACAUCUGCAAAUGUGUAUUCCUUGCGCUAUAGUACCCUAGUCACUGUUUAAGUGAAUCCACUUCCUCCUCGAGAGUUAAAAGUAGCAAAUCCUGUGCUACUGUGUCUCUGCGGCUGGUCCAGUCUCUUUGGUUGAGAUUGAUGAGCUCAGCCAAUACAGUGCUUUCCUAUAAAUGGGGAAUGUACAGUCUUUUGUAGUAGCCACUUAGCCACAAACGCUGGCCAAAGUUAACGUUGAUAUUUGUUUUUUUUUUGCAUCUUUUUACACUAAAACUGCACUUUUACUGGUGAUUUCAUCGUCGUGAUAAGUUUUACUGUUUUAAACACUCAUAUUGGUGUUGAGCGAAGUCUCCCGAGUAUAACAAUACCCCCAUGUACAGAUUUUAUGGUGUUUUGGAAAGUUACAGGGUCAAUAUUGGGCUUGCCCAAUUCAGUUUGUCAGAUUGUUUUGCUGGGUCUAUAUUGUCUUUUGAGACUAUAUGGUACCCCAGGAAUGUGAAUUAACCCCAUCAUGGCAUACCAUUUUCAAAUGUAGACAACCCACGGUAUUCAAAAUGAGGUAGUUCCAGUCUUUUGUAGUAGCCUCUUAGCCACAAACGCUGGUCAAAGUUAGCGUUUUUAUGUUUUUUUAAAAAAAAAUUUAAAACAAAAACUGAAUUUUUACUGGUGAUAUCGUCGUGAUAAGUUUUACUUUUUAAAACACUCAUAUUUGUGUUCAGCGAAGUCUCCCAAGUAUAACAAUACCCCCGAUGUACAGAUUUUAUGGUGUUUUGGCAAGUUACGGGGUUAAAUAGAGGGCUUGCCAAUUAAAUUCUCUGGACUGUCUGUCUAAGUUGCCAGGCAGGUCCCUCAAAUUAUAAUUAAUACAAUCAAAUAAUUAUGUAGUUAAUAGUUAAAUAUAUUUGUAGUAUGUGUGUAUGUAUAUAUGUAAAUAUAAAAAAGCAAUGCGUCUGGCACUCUGCCUGAAAAACAAUCAGUGAACUUGAACCAAAGUCCUGCUCUGCGCUGGAUAAAUAUAAACAAACAAUAAAGAUGGGAGCACUCAAUGGAUUUCCAAUGAAAUGAAUGUAUUCAGAUGUUGCCAAUAAGGAUCAAUGUUCGCUAGGUUGAGUGCAUUGAGUGCUCUCAUCUUUAUUGUUUGUGUGGGUCUAUAUAUAUAUAUAUAUAUAUAUAUAUAUAUAUAUACACACACUUCUAUUUCCUAUAUAUGUAUAAUAUAUUAUAAUUAAAGCAUUUUAUAAUAUAUUAUAUAUAAUGCAUAUAUAUGAUUACAUUAUAUGUGUAUUUUGAGAUAUAUGUAUAUAUAUGCAUUAUAUAUGUGUAAUAUAUUAUAAAAUGCUUUAUUUUAUAAUAUAUUCUACAUAUAUAUGUAUAAUAUAUAUUUUUUAAUUAUUAUUUUUUUUUACUUUUUAGCAGGCUGGGGGACUGCCUGACAGCUCAGACAGUCCCCCUGCUGGCAGCUCCAUAGACCCCUAUUGCGGCCAAUACUAAUACGUCCGUGGUUGUUAAGGGGUUAAUCCUGCAAUAAACCAUUGCCAUUCUGCAGAACAGCAACGUUGUCAGUGGUAGGGUUAAAAAAGGGGGCACAGGAUACCCAGACUACUUCAUUGAGAUGAAGAUAUUGGGGUACCUAUAGUGCUCCUUUAAUACGUAUGGAGAACUUUGGUGAUUAGGGAUAGACAUUGUGAUUUAUUAAUAAUUGUGAAUAAUUAACAAGAAGAUAGCAAAUUCAAGGUCCAAAUAGUUAAACAGAAAAAUUUGCCCUCUUAUUAAAAGCGUAUGUGUCUCUUUCAGGGGUCUUUACAUAUUUUACAAAGACCCCCGAAGGUGACAUCUCUGGUUAGGGCCCGGUGGCUGUGGAUUGCACUGAAAGGGAGCUUUCUGAGGACCUUAUUCUGCUCCUGAUGCUUUAUCAGCCAAGAGCCUGGUCAGUGCUCUACACUUAGGCAUGCACGAGAGCACAACACUGAGAUCUAUGGUGGAGACUGAUGGUGCCUCAGUGUAUCACGAGUGACAAUGCCUGAAUCCCACAGUUGUCACAUUUGAAGACUGCUGAGAUUGGAAAAAAGUUGACGGUGGAGCUCAGCAUCUUGUCAACCUUAGUCCAUCUCAAAUAUAAAAAAAUACAAUCUACAAAAAAGAAUAAAAAUAGAGAAUAUAUAGUGUAGUAGAUUUGAACACCAAAUUUUGCACUAGUAAAAUUGCACUCACAAGAUGAGAGAGUAGUAAGGGCAUAUAACGGUCUUAGUCCAUCUCAAACCUGCACAUAAGACAGUGAAGACCCUGCUUUAUCUUAUGGUACCUUUUGGAUAGUUCCCUAAUAUUCCAGCCCAGUCAGCCUGAGUGUUUCAUAUAGAUAUAUACCUUUGUAGGUGAUAGAGCCAAUUUGUUUUCCUGUUUUGCUACUUCGACUUAAAACAACACAUACGCCUUUCCAGACACACACACAGAGUUUUAAGAAGAUCUUAGAAAGGCCUUGCAUCAGUGAUAACUUCACUCAUUUUGUUUAUGUGUAAUUCCUUGUGAAAUAGUUGUGCAGUUUAAUCAGUAAAGAUUUGGUGUAAUUUCCAAAUGAUGCUUGCACUAAUAUGUUCUCCUCCCUUCUCUCUACGUUCUUCAGGUCCGUACCUGCCCAGUAGGUACCUAUCACAUUCCGGGGAAACCUCACUCAGUACAUAUAUUGUUGGAAGGUUACUGCAAGGAUGCCGGACAUAAUCAGUUUGUGGCUGAUGGCUCUGUCACGCUUGUACGUGGCCCCCUUACUGUCUUGGUGGACACUGCUGGCCCUUGGUCACGUGAUAACCUUCUUGAAUCUCUACGGUGCCAAGGUGUGACCCCUACUGAUGUUACUCACGUUAUAUGCACACAUGGCCACUCAGAUCAUGUGGGAAACCUCAAUCUUUUCCCAAAGGCUGAGAUACUAGUGUCUUAUGAUCUGUGGCGUAACGGUGUCUAUGUUGCCCAUGACUUCCGUGGUGGUGUUCCUUAUCUGUUGCCUGGAGGGGAAGGACUGAAAGUGAUACCAACACCAGGCCACACCGGUAGUGAUACAACACUCCUUGUUCCUGGAACCACUAUGGGCACAGUGGCAGUAGCUGGAGACCUUUUUGAAAGGGAAGAGGAUCAUGAUUCCUGGCGUCAAUUAAGUGAAGAUCCUGAAACUCAGGAAAGGAACCGGACAGCUCUUCUGAAAGUUGCAGAUGUAAUUGUGCCGGGACACGGACCACCCUUCAAGGUCAUAAGGACUGAGCAGUAGACUGUGAAACAUUUGUUUAUGUGGGCUCAUAUCCUUGCUAUUGUUAAAACGGACAUGAAUCUCCAGGACUUGAACCAACAUGCUUUAUUUUUUAGCAUAUUGUUCAAACAAUAGGCAGCAUAAAACCAAUUUUUUUUGCAGCGGUUAUUCAACAAGGAGCUGCACUGUCUUAUCUCUGUUCACAAAGUUGAUAUAUCAUUGCCUAUGUAGACCUCUUAUUAUUAUUUAUAUAGUGCCAGCAAAUUCCGUGGCGCUGUACAAUGGGUGAGACUGUACUCUGAGAUAGAAACUAUGCAUUCAUACCCUGCCACUCCACAUAUGUGUAUGUAGAACGCGGGAAUCAGACUUAGGUGCUGCCAAGGUUUUCAUUUUGUCUGAAUAUAUUAGACAAAAAAAAAUUGUUUUCUCUGAACUGAAUUUCGUCUAUUUGUUCAUUAGUUUUUAGAUUAAAUUUGGUCAUUAUUUUUGUUUCUGAUCUGUGUCGCAGGCCACAGCUGCAUCUUGCAGUUAUUUAGUAGUUAAUCUCUAAAUUGGCACCCUUGUGGGAUUUGAUGUAAACAAAUCUCUUAACACCCACAAAUGCAGAGUAAUAAAUAAAUAAAUGAAUUAACUUUGCACGAAUUAUACAGCUUUCCUAGGAUCACCUCUUUUAGUUGGUGGCCUAUGACAAUCUAAAAUAUGGGAUAAAGCUGAAUAUCUAAAAGAAAAAGUAUCAGAACAUUGUAAUAGGUCUUAAAAUAAAAAUGACACUUUUACUGGAAACACUCACAGAAAAGCAGUGUAUAUUCAGGCCUUAAUGGUGCCUCUUUGUAUCCCUUGGAGUCACCUAUUCCAGCAGACAGAUAUAGGAAUCUGGAUUGAAAGUUAGUUAAAAUUUUUAUUACAAUACACUUGUAUAAAAAAGCUAGUAUAGGUCCUACUCGUUUCGUUACAUAAAAGGACCUUCUGCAGGGACCAUAUAAUUAAAAACAAACAAUCAGUGACAAGAGAUGGCUUGUAACUUCCCUGCCAUAAAUCCCUUAAAUAGGGCUAAUCCCAGAUGUCCACUUGGUAUGGUGGUCAUCUUCCUUCUGGAUUGGUUCCUGCACCUACAGCUUUCAUAAUGAAGUGGUGGACAAGAUAGCGGCCAUAGAUGCCACCCAGAACCAUUUCAUGUAACUCAUGGCCUGUGACGGAUUGCCUGGUCACUUUUAACAACUGGCGCCGGGCUCUAAUCACCUUCUCCAUAAAAUAGUUAUUUUUCACAGUACUAACCCCUUGAUCAGAGCUUUCUGGAGAUAUAAUAAACGUGGGCAUAACUAUAGGGGAACAUAUGUUUUUAUGAUUAUUAUUGUUAGGCACCCUGGUGCCUGGUAAGUAAUUACAUUUCCGUGUCCUGAGUC